AUGGUCUUGGGAAUUGGAUCGACAACCUUCUUAAGCUUAAGGUUUGGAAUGGGUGCAAUAUUUAAAGAAAUUAUGCCGAAUUUUCAAUUAAAUAAUAACAAAUCAUCAACUAAAAUUGAUUUAGAUCUUAAAUUAAAUAAUUACAGAGUUGCUUUAAUGAAAUCGCAAGAUGUACGUAAACGUAUGUAUAUUUAUUUGCUUAGGAUAUUGUUAUAUAAAGAUCAUUAUGAUGAAGCUUUAAUAGUAGUUCAUCAAAUGUCAAGUGAUGAAGUUCCAUUGGAUAAUGAAUCCUUCAAUGGAACUAUAGAAUGGUUAUGUAGCUAUAAAAAACCCCCAAAAACUAUUAUAAAGAUUAUUAAAAAAUUCCAUGAAAAUGGAGUCGAUCCUACAAUAAAAACUAUUGAAACAAUAAAUAACUAUUUUAAUGAAAAAAUAAGUGAUGAUGAUAUGAUAGAAUUACAAAACUUGAUAAAAUAA